UUAGGAGUCUAUCGGACUCUUUAAACAUGACAUGUUAAUAGAGUAAGAAAGAGAAGCACCGAGACGGAGGAAUCUGGAAAGAUUUAAACAUGUCGUCUAGCCUGAGGUUGAAGGUGCUCCUCUUCUUUGCUUUAUUCUUCGGAGCAACAGGGUUUCUCUUCCUGAUUCUCUCCUGUGGGACUGAGUACUGGCUGCUGGCUGCAGAGUCCUGCAGCAACCCCGGAGAACACAGCCUGAGAGACGUGAAGAAUUCGCAGGGUGUGACCAUUUUCCAUGAGGGUCUGUUCUGGCGGUGCUCCUACACAGCCUUUUCUCACGAUUACUCAAUAUGGGACCUUUGGAUCUCAAACCAGCCUCUACCAAAAGUGUGUGAGGCCGCUUUCCUCUUCCCUUUUCCUGCUAACAAGCCGGUGGAGCUGUGGGAGGAGCCGCACAAGUUUCCUGGACAGCCUUUUGAACGCAAUGCGGCCACUGUUUUCAGGAUCUGCUGGACCAUCUUCUUCGUCAUGGGUUUGGCGGCGAUCAUCAUCGGUGGAUUUGUUGUCAUCUGUGCCGGCCCACUGACCAACCACAAGCUCUAUAAAGUGGGCGGGGCUCUACAGCUGCUUGGCGGCGUGUGUCUGUUCAUCGUGGUGGUGAUGUAUCUGAUGUGGAUCCAGGUCCUGGACACUCUGGAUCAGUUUACCCUCCACCAGAAAGCCUCUCGCUGCCCGUCUUUCCAUCUCAGCAUCCAGCACGGCCCCUCGUUCUUCCUGGCUCCGGUGGCCGUCUUCUUCUGCCUGCUGGCCGGCCUCCUCUUCGUCCUGGUCGGCCGAAGCAUCGAGAGUAAAGAGCUGGACAGCAUGGACAAAAUCUCGGAGAUUUCGACAGAUGAGCUGUGAAUACAGACAGUCGAGUUGUUCAAAAGUUCACCGCUCCACCUGUCUGGAGUGAAAUGCAGUGUGCUUGGUGUUUAGAUGAGUUGUGGAUGUGGAGCUGAUGAUGCUUGAGAAGAAAAACAAAUGUUUGUGGCUUAAAAUCAGUCACAGGAGGCUCCUGAAGAAUCUGAUUUUGACUUGUACCACGCUGUGAUUUUUAGUCUUUUUAGUUGUGUCAUGUGUAGCAGCACUGUGAGCUCCCUGCUUAAAGAAAUGCUUACAUGAAAUAAGUGAAGAGACCCUGGCCAAUGAUAUUCAUGCUGUUACCAUCCUUUAUAUACAGUUUACAGUCCAUUCAGAUGAUAGACUGUAUAUAAAAGAUGGACAUAACCAAUGUGCUGUCAAGCAUUGGCAUUUGGACUUCCCUUUUUGAAAACCUAAUGUUAUCAUGGCACCAGAAGUGACCAUAUCUGGAGUGCUAAGUGAUUAGCUUGGUUGGUAAGCUUGCAUUCAUAAACUGCACAUAUCUGCUAAUUAGUACUAAAAAAACACCAGAAUUUAAUUCUCCAAAACUAAAUCAGGCUACAUUAUUAAUCAGAUAAGUUGAUUUAAAGUUAUCCAAAAGGCACCAGGACAAACACAGAGGAGAUGUUGAGCUUCGUGAGGCCUCGCAGAAAGCUAAUCGCUACAACUGCCUGAGUAGGCUUCAAGCUCCUAUUUGAAAAUUCAUUCAACAGGACUGUUGUGUAAUUACUGUAAAGUUGAGCAUUAUAACAGUCUGAUUACAUCAUAACAUUAUAACAGUAUAGCUAACAUUGAGUCUAUAGAGACAGAUGGCCGCCACUUAAUUUGAAGUGGAAAUGUUGACUGUGUUGUUGCUGUGGGGGAAAAAAAAGAAAUAACUGUGUGUGUUUUUUUUAAUACAGUGACAUUUGAUUGACUAGUCAAAUGGUUUAUGCCAUUAUAUUUUUCUCUCAUCUCAUUUUGCUUAGAGAUUUAUUUUGUUUUUAUUUUAAUUCACGUGAUCCUGUCGCGUGUGCUUGAAUUACUGUUUACCUCAUUGUUGAUACAUUCUUUUGUUGUAAUUGAAAAAAUGAUACAAUUACACAAUAUAAAAAGUUAAGAAAGGACAUCAAACCAACGUUCAUACAGGACAAUUUUCAACACAUCAAAAAGCGUCAUUUACAUUAAAGAUAUAUCAUGACCUAA